GCUGUGUGUGGACUCGCACCUGUUCUUUCGAUAUUUCGAAACAUCAACGAAGCCCAAGCGCAUCUGCACGAACCGACUGAUCUACAGCACCAUCUCCAUUGGGCGUCCGUGAACGGCUGCGCCUCUAAAUCCUCAAGGUUCAUUUCCGAGGUAGCGCGUGCCCCGCGUCAUCGACAGCCACAGUGCGCAAGCUACCACCACAGGCACCACCUCGCAUAUACCCAGGCCCCGGACCCCUUUUUGAUUCCCUGCCGAGACCAAAGACCAGCUGCGCGAUCAAUCUAUCACAUCUUCUUUCAACAUUUUUUAAAUUCAAUCACCAAUCACAUUCCCAGACUGCCAGGAUCACCCAGGGACAGAUGGCGGGCGUUCCCAGCAUAGACGACCCCUCGCACCUUUCGAGGGGUUAUGGCGACAGCUCGCAUCUGCAGGUCGGCGUGAACGACUUUGCGACAACACCAGAGCGCCGCGGCAGGUUCGAGGAGGAGUUUGACGCGCGCACCAGGGGCUCCUCGGUCCUCGAUGGCGAUCUGCCACAGCGCUCCGCGUCCAGGGCCUCGUCGACACUGAGAGAAGCGACCCUGAAUCAAGGGUCCACGCCCUCGCGCAGUGGCACUCUCAAGAAGAAGGGUUCGGUGAAGAGGGCUGCCAGCCUGAAGCGAAGCGGGAGCAGGAAGAGCAUGCACGCUGGCAGCAUCCGCGGUGUUACCAUUGAUGACCAGGAGCAUGGCUACGACCGCGAAGACAGCGUCUUCUACACGCCUGUUCCUACCAAGGGCUCCCCAACUGAGAUCUUGGCCGAUCGGUUCCAGACAUGGCGCAAGUUUCUCAAAGAUCUGAUUGCCUACUUCCGAGAAGUCUCAUCUUCGUACGAGCACCGCGCCAAGUCGUUGCUCAAAGUGUCCAAUGUAAUCAACAACACCAACGCGCCCGCCUCACUGCUCAGCGACGGGGGUCUUAACGAAGCGACCCGCUUCCUCCGCGAUUUCCACAAGCAGGCCAUUGUUGACGCCAACAAGGCCAGGGACAUCGAGGCAGAUGUGAUCAACCAGCUCAGUGGGCUUCGCGCAGAUCUUGCGCAGAAGAUCAAGGAGAUCAAGUCUUUGUCUGGCGACUUCAAGAACAAUGUCGAGAAGGAGAAGGAGAACACGAGGAAAUGCGUGACGGCUCUCGAGGAGGCUCUUGCAGUAGUCGACUCCGAUCCGUCUGCGAUCGCCGGCAAGGGAGACCCAUACGUUGUGCGCCUGGGCGUGGAGCGUCAGGUUGAGCGCCAGAUUGAUGAGGAGAACUACCUCCACCGAGCCUACCUGAACCUCGAGAACUCGGGGCGUGAGCUCGAGUCCAUUGUUGUCGGCGAGAUUCAAAAAGCUUAUAACGCCCUGGCCAGCAUCCUCAAGCGCGACGCCGAUGAGAUGUACGCGACCGUGGACAAGCUUCGCAGCGGUCCGAUUGCCAUGCCCAGAGACCAGGAAUGGGGCCGGUUCGUCCGAACUGAUUCCCACUUUGUAAACCCAGAUCUGCCGCUGCGCAGAUUGGAAGAUAUCGAAUACCCCGGAAAACACCACCCAGCUACCACCGAAGUCAGAGCCGGCAUGCUCGAGAGAAAGAGCAAAUACCUGAAGAGCUAUACCCCUGGAUGGUACGUUCUGUCGCCAACGCAUAUCCAUGAGUUCAAGUCCGCCGAUCGAAUCUACACUCAGCCGCCUGUUAUGUCCUUGUACCUGCCAGAUCAAAAGCUCGGCUCGCGCUCUCAACCUGGUAGCUCAUCUCAUAAAUUCGUGAUUAAGGGUCGCCAGGCCGGAUCCAUGCACCGCGGACACACCUGGGUAUUCCGCGCCGAGACAUACGAAACAAUGAACGCCUGGUACGACGACAUCCAGACUCUGACCGAGAAGAGUGGCGAAGAACGCAACGCCUUCGUACGUCGACACGCCAGCGUCAGGAGUGCCAGCGCAGGCAGUGCGAGGUCGGCCAGCUCCGACGGUGGCCUAGAGGAAGACGAGGCCGAUGCCGUACCGUAUUCUGCAAAUCAGUCAAUGGUCAGCCAGCCGAGGGAGCAACCACCGACUAGACCUUCUCCAGGUGGGCGAUUUCCUUCGGAUCUUGCGGUCAACCGUCACUUAAAUGAACCUCUCUCACCAUCUAGUGGCAGCUCGGACUUCGCACAUGACAUAACCACGGCUUCGGGAGGGCCUCUUCAGCACAACGUGUACCCAAUGUACCCUGCCAACUCACACUCUCCGCAACCGGAUGCGAACCCUCAGCAGUAUCAGGAACCCUCGUACAUCAACACACAACCUAUUCGUCAACCGCAGUACGAAGAUAGUAUAUACGCCGACCCGUACACUUCCAACUAUAACAAAUCAUCCAACCAGCAACAACCGCCACGCGAUCUCUCCUACGUCAACCCUUACGCAGGCCAGGCUGCAGAAGGACCUCCAAGCGAACAUCACGGCAGCGACUACAGGGGCUGGAUGGCUCCGGCUGCCGGCGGUGUAGCUGCAGGCGCGCUCGCAGGUGAGGCAUACCGUCGUCACCAGGCUAAGGAGGAAGAUCCAGCGUUGCAGUCGCUAGGCACAGAACAGCAGCACCAACCUCAAGUUGAUGAGCGGGGCGUGCCCAUCGACGAUCUUACGGGUGGCACGCAAGCCCAUCCUGUCGACGACUUUACAGGCGGCACGCAAGCCCAGCCUGUCGAUGACUUUACGGGCGGCACGCAAGCACAGGUGCACCCGGCCACCAUCAUCGCCCGUCAGGGUGAGCGUGGCUUGGAUAGUGGUGUUCCUACGCCUACUGCAAACAACAACGCCCCGCCUUUUUUAGGUGAGGCUGAGGCAGCUCCCGCCGCUACCUCGGGCCAGACUGUGAACGGCGGGGUGGUACCCGUGGAGCUUAUCGAGACGGCCGAUAACCAAGCCUUUCCCUUUCCUACGUCCGGUCGCACCGUAAACGGCGGCCCCGUGCCCGUUGAGUUGAUCGAAACGGCCGACAAGCAGGCGUUCCCCAGUGUGCACAGGACCAACACAGACAUUAGUGUGUCUGACUUGCACGUGCCUGGGGAAUUCCCGAAAGGGCCUGGGACGCCAGGAACCGCGAACGGGACGUUCUUGAGUUACACGGACCGUUUUUGAGGGUGCUCGUCUUGGUUUAUGAUAGGUUAUGUGUGAUGUAUGCGAUGUCAAUGAGCAGCAAGGCGCGAGGGGAAGUUUCAGGUUAACUGGGUUUGGGGGGAAUGGUACAUGCGGGCUAUGUGGUGCUGACGACCUUCUGCGAUGCGUUUUCGUUGCUUUUCGUGCUGUCUCCAGUUUUUUGAUACCCGCGCACUAGGCGCGACAACAACCAUGCCGUACAUAAUACUCGUUUAAUCAGCUUUUUAAUCAGCUUGACAUCAGCUUGGCUGCAAG